AUGGCAGCUCAAUUCAUUCGAUCGAAUCGUCUCACAUCGGGUCUCCUUGCUGCUCUCGGAGCUGGAUCGACCCUUUAUGCUUUCACUCCACAAGCGGAAAUGUUUUGGAAAUGCGACAACAAAGCUGACUGUGAGACGGUAAAGAAAAUCGAAGAGGCGUACAAAAAAUUGAACGGACCUGAAGGAGAGAAAUGCAAAUCGUUGCUGAAGAAACAUUUGACAAAAAAUGUGAUCGACGAGUUGAAGACGAAAAAGACAAAACUGGGCGCCACGUUGUAUGAUUGUAUCCGAUCGGGGGUCUAUAAUCUCGAUGCCGGUGUCGGCGUUUAUGCACCCGAUGCUGAAGCUUAUAAGGUAUUCUCUGGCCUUUUCGACCCAAUCAUCGAAGAGUAUCACGGCUUUAAACCAAAUGAGAAACAGCCGCCAGUCGAUCUCGGGGAAGGGAAAAUUCGAGAAUUCCCGCCACUUGACCCAAAAGGAAAAUACAUCAAAUCGACAAGAAUUCGGUGUGGUCGUUCAUUGGCCGGUUAUCCCUUCAAUCCAUGUUUGAAAGAGGACGAUUAUUUGGCGAUGGAGGGAAAAGUGAAGAAAGCUUUCAGCACUUUUGAUGGACAAUUAAAGGGUCAAUACUAUCCAUUGGAUGGGAUGACGAAAGAAACACAGAAUAAAUUGAUCGCCGAUCAUUUCCUCUUCAAAGAAGGCGAUCGUCACUUGCAACACGCGAAUGCCUGCAAUUUUUGGCCAAAAGGUCGUGGCAUUUUCCACAACAAUGACAAGACGUUCUUGAUUUGGGUGAACGAGGAGGAUCAUAUGAGAAUCAUUUCGAUGCAAGAUGGAAGUGAUGUUGGAACAGUUCUUGAUAGACUUAUCAAAGGGGUUAAGCACAUCGAGAAACAAGUACCAUUUUCUCGCGAUGAUCGCCUUGGCUGGUUGACGUUUUGCCCGACAAAUCUUGGAUCAACUGUUCGAGCGUCGGUUCACAUCAAAUUGCCGAAGAUCUCCGCUCGAAAAGAUUUCAAGGAUAUCUGCGAGAAGUUGAAUCUUCAAGUGCGCGGAAUUCACGGUGAACACUCGGAAUCAGAGGGAGGAGUGUACGAUAUUUCAAAUAAGGCUCGUCUGGGUCUCUCCGAAUACGAGGCAGUCAAACAAAUGUACGAUGGAGUGAAGAAAUUGAUUGAGAUGGAGGAAAAGGAG